UGAACACUAAACCUCCUAACCCCCGCAUAUUGCGAGCUCAAUUACUUGAUUGUUUCUGAACUCUACUCUAACCUGUCCGACUAAGUUCCAAGGAAGAAAAGUUCUCAAUUCUCAUUUUCCUUUUCAUCCCUUUCUUCAGUCUACCUAUUAUCCGGACUUAUCUAAGUAUAGGUGCUCAUUCGUCCUACAUCUCGGUCAUCUACGAACCAUUCACACAAUCGUUUCAGUUUCACCUUCACUCCUUCGUACGCAUGUUCCCAGUCUCCUCGGUCGGCAUCUUGUGGUCGUUGGUUUCGGUUGUAGGACUACAUCGGUAAAUCAACAAUAUCAGUGAACCACAACAAUGGGGAUCGCCGAGCGAAGGUCCAUUCGCUCUUGUAUUACGCGCCUGUCUCGUCCGCAGAAGAUAAUAUUGGGCGCGCUGGCCUUUUUCCUUAUUAUAUAUAAUUUGACCCCGUACGACAGUCGACCAAGAUCGUUCUUUAGAUUCCAACACAAUGUUAUCCAAGACUAUUACCAAAACGUACACCCGUCCGAUUCCUGGCUCUUCAAACCCCAACGAUAUCCGAUCGAUCCUAAUAAUGACAUCGCUAUAAUAGUUAAGACUGGUUUUGGAACGAAGCGACGAGUUCCGGCAGCGUUACGAGCGUUGAGUAACGAGUCUUUCUACGCCGAUACUAUAGUCACCCAGGAUUUCCCCUUACUCCCGGAUCAGAAAAACUACACUUUCGCGAAUGGUAAGGAGGUGCCAGUUAUCGAUAUUAUUGGGUGGAACUUAGAACGAGGAGCCCUUAAGGGUCUAGAACAACAGGAGCGUGUAAUGAAAUACGCGAACCUUGCCGAUGCCGUCGACGGUGAAGAGUGGAUGCUUGCCGAUGGGUUAGGUAAAGACAUGGGGUGGGAACUCGAUGCGAUGAAGUUCCUCUCUAGUCUUGAGUAUGCAUGGCAAACCCUACCAAAAAAGAAGUGGUACAUCAUGGCCGAUGACGACACAUACAUCAUCAAGUCGUCCCUGAAUUUAGUUCUCGGGCAUUUGAAUUAUGCCAAGCCACAAUUUCUUGGGAAUCCGGUAGGCGACUAUAAAGGUCGCUUCCCGCAUGGAGGGUCGUCCGUGGUCAUGUCUGGUGCUGCUCUUAGCAAGCUAUACGACCAACACCCUGAAGUCGUUGCCGAAGGUCAUCAAGAGUCAGCUACGGCGAUCUGGGGUGACAAACUACUUUCUACAACAUUUAUGAAGAUCGGUAUUUACUUAGACGAAACAUACCGACGUCUUUUCAACGGCGAGCCUCCCUGGAUGACGCGGAUGUGGGUUGAUCGGUUCUGUUUGCCUCUUGUUUCAUUCCAUGGUCUUGGAAACAAUGAUGCUAUGGUGCACGUAGGCGAAACCUUCAAGAAUAUGACGGAACCCGUAUUCUGGAGGCAGAUGGGUAAGAUUUAUGGUGCGCCGGACUUCUCAUCAUUCAUUGCCGAACCGAUUCGAACCAAUGUGGAUUAUGUUGGGCGACUUGACGAGUAUAGUACGACCGUGGAUAAAAUCACGGAAGUUGACGAGUGUGUCAAAAUCUGCCAUGAACAUCCGGUCGGAUGCCUUGCUUGGGCGUUCGACCCAGGACGGCAACAAUGUCACUUUUCACAAUGGGCAAUCCUCGGAGAUCAUGUCGAGGGUCGAUUUUCAGGCAUAAAUGGGAAACUAGCCAAGAAGCUAGAAAGUUUAUGCCACUCUCCGAAAUAAGACUCUUGGGUCUCCGGAUUCUGUUUGAAGAUUUUAUUCUGUAUAUAUACGGGGUGGGUAGGAUACACACGGGGUGUCAUUCAGCAAGGAAAUGAUGGUCGGACGGACGAUAUUAUAGACUUCGCAAGGUGGAAGCACAUGACUUGGAACGAUACCCGGGACGGACUGUAAUUUGUAAUGGAUCGUAGAUAAGUAUCUUAAUCCUAAUAGGACUGAACAGUCUACCUACACAUGGACGUUAGCCGCAAACCCUACGGGCGAUGCUGCUGAUCAUAAAAGGUACCACAGCACUGCUUGAUGCACGUCUCCUAUCCCAUGCAUGUGGUUUUGGUAGAUACAUACUAUGUUGUAUUUACUACUAGGUAG